AUGGCUUUUCAAGAGGCCAGUGUGGCCUACUUGAUGGGUCUCUUCGAAGACACAAACUUGUGUGAUAUGUACGCAAAGAAAGGGACCAUCAUGCCCAAAGACAUCCAGAUCGUCUGCCGAAUCCGAGGGUUAUGUUUAAUUUGUUUCAUGGGGGUUCCAGUUGUGGUCAUGCACACGUUGGAAGAAAUACUCGAACCAGAAACUCCAAGGUUAGAAGAAGAAGAAAGUGUUGUACUAGGUGAUGAAGUAAUAAGAACAGAAGAUAUCCUGGUUAGUAAUGGCAAUAGUGAAGAUAGUGCUCCAAUAACUGAGGAUAAUACCCCUAGUACCCCAGUGACAACACAAGCUAAUAUAGUGGCCCAUGACUAUAACCUUAGAUCACACUGUCCUAUAUCAAUUCAGCCAGAAGUGGCUCUUACAACUAGGAUGGUAUGA